AUGGAGGAUGACACAAAAGCCGACAUCAACACCGCCAUGGACUCACCUGCCAGAGAUCAAGUCUUCUCGACGCCUGAGCUUGCAGAGAUGAUCUUCAGGGAGCUGCCACCAAGGCAUCUUCUCGUCACUGUGCAGCAAGUCUGCCGCCAGUGGCAGGCGGUCGUGAAUGGAUCCACCCCCAUCCAGCAGGCGCUCUUCUUCAAACCCAUCGCCCCGAUAUACCCCCGAAAGAUACCGCAAACCAAAUACCGCUACUACUUCGAGGAAUUUAUCAAUCCCAAUGCCAAUAUCACUUGCUACCACCCGAUAUACAUCCGACUUUUGCGGGAUCUCGUCCUGCACCGUCCGCUCUCGCCAAGUUUCGGUCACCCAGAUGCCUCCUGGCGCCGAUCACUGCUCAGCCAACCGCGCUUACGCUCAUGUGAGUUUUUGCGCAGGGUUGCGGACGGGUCUGGCGAUCGCAAGAGCGAGACAAUCGAGGCUCCUCCUGGCGGAUUCACAUUGGAAUUUGCCAUCGAGAACCUGGGCGAAGACUUUCUGGACGAUGGCUUUCUCCCCAAAAUGCAGUGCCAGCCAGCCUCACUCUAG